GGCCUGCCCCCCAGCUUCCAUUCCUCCAAAAAAAAUCUCCUCUGUUGUCCAGAAACCAUGUUGUAACUUCUGCUAUAUCAAAUGGCACAAAGAUGAUCAGCACGUAACAGUGGAACACAGAAGAGCAAGACCAGUGCAGAAAAAUGUCUCCCAAAGUGCCUGGUGGCCAUGGCCGAGGGGACUAUUCUGCAGUCCAAGUGGCUGUUCGUGUCCGUCCUCUGCUGCCAAAGGAGCUUCUACACUGCCACGAGAGUUGUAUCACCGUAGACCCUGAACUCCAUCGGGUUACUUUAGGCCAUGACCGACACUUUGCUUGUGACUUCCUGUUUGAAGAAAAUUGCUGUCAGGAGGAGGUUUAUUCUGUGUCUGUCCAGCCGCUUAUUGAGGCCUUCUUCCAAGGUUUCAAUGCCACAGUCUUUGCCUACGGGCAGACAGGCUCAGGCAAGACCUACACCAUUGGAGAAGCUAAUAUUAGUUCCUUCAGAGAUGAGGAGCAGGGUGUCAUUCCCAGGGCUGUUGCAGAUGUCUUCAAGCUGCUAGAUGAAAACGACCUCACAGACUUCUCUGUCCGAGUCUCCUAUUUGGAGGUCUACAAAGAGGAGUUCAAGGACUUAUUGGAAGUGGAGACUGCCAGCAAGGACAUCCAUAUCCGAGAGGAUAAAGGCAACAUUGUUCUGUGUGGGGUAAAGGAGUGUGAAGUGGAGGGUCUCGAUGAGGUUUUGAGCUUACUAGAAUCGGGAAACACUGCCAGACACACUGGAGCAACCCAGAUGAAUCCAAACUCCAGCCGGUCGCACACCAUUUUUACUUUGUACAUGGAUCAACGUCGUGGAAGCUCUCGCCUUUAUGGGACGGCUGCAAACUCUGGACCACAAAUGUUGUCUUCCAAGUUCCACUUUGUUGACCUGGCAGGGUCAGAACGCAUCUUAAGGACAGGUAACACUGGAGAGAGACUGAAGGAGAGCAUUCAGAUUAACAGCGGCCUCCUGGCUCUGGGAAAUGUAAUCGGGGCACUGGGGGAUCCAAAGAGGAAAGGCUCUCAUAUACCAUACAGAGAUUCUAAAAUCACAAGGAUACUGAAAGACUCUUUGGGAGGAAAUUCAAAAACACUGAUGAUCGCCUGCAUCAGCCCAUCCUCUUCAGACUUUGAUGAGAGUCUGAAUACGCUAAACUACGCGAUGAGAGCUAGAAAUAUUCAAAACCGAGCUACAGUCAACUUCAAGCAUGAGCCAGAUCGCGUGGAAGGGCUGGAGCAGCAAAUUAAAGCCCUUCGUCGAGCCCUUGAAAACCGUCAGCGUUCAGAGACCCGCAUCAUUUCUCAUGCUGAUCCAAACAGAAGACCUCGACUUGGAGAAGGAGAGAUCAGCAGGCUACAAGCGCAGAGCGCUCACUAUAGGACUUGCACAGACACCGCCUACAGAUUGCUGCGGGAGCUCCAGAGUGAAGGGAGUCUGACAGCUGAACAGAGUCUGCGAGUGAAGGAGUGGCUGUCCUCAGUUGAGGAGGAACGGAGUGGGCUCACCACUGCCUCUGGACCAGAUAGCGGUAUCGAGAACAGCUCCACUGAGGACAGCAUUGCAUUAAGGAGAGGCAGGCCUUCUAUCAGGAAUCAGGACACAGAGGCUGUGGAGGAACGAUGGAACCAUGAGCAUGAAUGUGAGAAAGAAGAUAGUAUUGUUCAUCUUCAGUCACAGAUCCAGCGGCUGGAGAAGGAGAACACAGACUUUUUAGCAGCUUUGGAGGAUGCUAUGGAGCAAUACAAGCAGCAGAGUGAUAAGCUUCAGGAGCAACAGGACCUGAUAGCCGAGCUACAGUGUCAGCUGUCUACUCUUGGACUGAUGGGCCUAGGCCUUAACUUAAGAUUGCGACCACACACGGCCCCUAUGGGCUCCAUGCAGCAUAGUCCGAAUGGAAAUCCAUACCGACAGGUCAGUCCAGUAGGUCACACUGGUCACGGUCCUGAUCAAAAUGGAAAAAAUUAUGAGGAGCAAGAGAUGCGUUACAACGAAAAAGAAGGAAGUCAUUCCAGUUUCAGCCAGGAAAGAUGCAAGCAGGUGAACUUAACAUGGACCAAACGGGACAUGAUGUCAGGAGGACCAGGUGCUGGUGGCAGAGGUCCAGUAUCUCAGCUGUCUGAGCCGGACCGGCACCCGACUUUAACCAGAAAAGGAUCCAACUGCAGCACUGUGGAAAGUCUGAGAAGUUUUGAAGGCGUUUCAGAGUGGGGACUUCUUCAGGCACAGCAGAAGAUCAGAGAACUGUCUGUAACCAUCCGCAUGAAAGAAGAACUCAUCAAGGAGCUGGUCAAAACAGGUAAGGAUGCUCAAGCCCUGAAUAAACAAUACAGUCAUAAGAUCACAGCUCUGGAGAGUGAAGCUGUGCAGGCUCGGCAGGAGCUGCAGGAGGCCCAACGCCAGCUGCAGGAUCUGGAGCGACAAGAGAGAGAAAUAAGUGCAACAGACAAGACCAGAGCUCAGGAAUGUCGCAGGAAGAUAGCUGCUGCUCAGAGCAAAGUUCAGGUAUUAAGUCAGCGUCAGAGGGAUACUGCUCGUCUGGCCAACCUUCCUGUCCUGAGUGAGCGUCGUGUGUUGGAGCUGGAGAGAAGUGUCCAGUCUAUGAGACAACAGCAGGAGCAGCUGCAAAGGCGACUGCGGGAGGAGAGUCAGCAGAAACGACGGCUGGAGACUGAAAUGCAACGAAGGACUCACAGAGUUAAGGAACUUGAGAUAAAGAAUGAGCAGCAGCAGAAGAUCCUGAAGAUAAAGACUGAGGAGAUCGCAGCCUUUCAGAGACAGAGACGCAGCGGCAGUAAUGGUUCUGUCAUCUCAUUGGAAGAGCAACAGAAGAUUGAGGAACAAAAGCGCUGGCUGGAUGAGGAAAUGGAGCGUGUGUUAGAACAGAGGAGAGGACUGGAAGAUCUGGAAGGAGAGCUGACUAAACGCGAGGAAAUCCUGGCCAAGAAAGAAGCCUUGUUGCAAGAACGCAGCGGACUGGAGACCAAAAGACUCCGCUCCAGUCAGGCCCUAAGUAAAGACCUAGUGACACUUACUGGGCGCAUUGAGUCACUUGAGCGAGAGCUGAGUGAGAGGAAUGGUCUCCUUCGUAGCAGCAGUGCUCAAGACUCCCAACAGAUUCGCCAGGAGAUCUCCAACCUGCGUCAGGAAAAAGACUCACUUCUUAAGCAACGCGUUGAGCUGGAUGACAAACUGCGGCAGGGUAACCUGCUCUCACCUGAGGAGGAGCGAACCCUUUUCCAACUGGAUGAGGCAAUUGAGGCUCUAGAUGCAGCUAUCGAGUACAAAAAUGAGGCAAUCACUCAGAGACAGAGACAGCUGAGAGCUUCUGCCACAAUGCUCUCUCAGUGGGAAAUGAAUCUCAUGGCUAAGCUCAGUUAUCUGUCCGCCUCUGAGACCAGAGCUCUGCUGUGCAAGUACUUUGACAAGGUGGUGUCUCUGCGCGAGGAGGAGCGUAAGCUGCAGCUUGCCUUAUCUGAGCUGGAAAUGCAGCUGGAUGAGCAGCAAAGGCUGGUGCAGUGGUUGGAAAAUGCCCUCGAUCGCACGCAGCUUGACACAGAUCGCAGGCUAACGCAGCAGCAGAAGGAGCAUGAGAGAAGCAUGCAGCUCUUGUUGCAGCAGUGUCGAGAACAAAUGGAUGAAGGUCUGGCAGGAAGGCAGCGGCAGUAUGAGGGAUGGAUCCAUAACCUCAAAAAGGAGCUGAACCACUAUAAGGCCGCUAAUCUGGAACUAAGCAACAAAAUGAGGGAGCUCUGUGGGUCUGUCAGUCAGCCAAAAGAGCAUCCUAAAGCCUUUGCAUCUGAUGUUAAGCCCAUAAACAUCGGCAGCAUGGAAAAGCUUGGCCACUGCCGUGAGGAAAGCCCUGGAGGCAGAGGGACAGGGCAGCUUGAAAAGUCCACCCGGUCCAGGGAGGAAAUGCGGGAGCUGGUGAACACCCCUCUUCCGUCCACAUGGAGGCGGUCUUCUCUCCCCACAGAGGAGCCUGCUUUCAUGGAGGAACUGUUGCUUCAAGCAGCAGGGGACACUCCUGCUAACCGUGUAGUCCAGGCUGGUCUGGGGCCUUGUAGCGGACUGACAUCCCUACCGGUGGUUAAAUCUCGACGAGAGUCUCGUCGCUCCAGCCUGAACAUCGGACCACUGACCUCCAACAAUGCAUUAAUUGAUGUACGGAAGAAUCCUGUCUAAAUCUCAAAGACUUCUCAUGGACAUUUAUUUUCUGAUGGCUCAAUUAUUACUUUUUUCAUUUGUCUUUUGGUCUUGGAUUUCAGUUUUUGUACCUGUUAAUAAGAUUUUGAUGAAAGCCCACUGACUUUUCUACAAAGCACUUUCUCAAAGGUAAACUAUGUUGUCAUGCAGAUGGGUACAUAUGUAGUCCAACCCUGGAUUAUUCACAUUGUUACAAAGUACAGAUGUCUUACUCUGUUGACUAUAUAAACUUUUUUUUCUUAUACACAAUAUUUUUUAUUUGAAUUUUUUGCCUUUGCUCAUGUGGUCAGUCUAUUAAUUUUUUUUUUUUUUUUUUUUGCAAGUUGGGGCCAGUCUUUAUUGUGCAGAUUUUAUAUAUAUGUAGCUCCAGUUUUGUUUUUGUUUUUGUUUUUUUCUAAAAAUUGACAGAAAAGAAAGUAAUUUGUGCCGUUUGCUCUGUAUUACUAUUUAAAAAACAAACAUCCACAAACAACCAAGUAUUAAAUGUAAUCAUUUGAU